UUGACUAAAAGUUUAACAACUUAAAGUUCCCUUCGAAAUGUAUUCUCAAAAUCCCUACCAGGCUGUAGAAAAUAAUCUACAAGAUAUUGAACAGCAUCAAUUAAAAAUGACUACAGUCCAAAAUGGACCACUAAUGUACAAUAAACAUUUACAAUCGAUGACAAAUGCAUCUUUUGAAGCCCAAAAUAUUGAACAACAUGAAAUAACCAACAAGUUUCCAGUUUAUAAGGAGGCCUCAAUGUACAAUGGACAUUCACAAUCCAUGGCCUCAGCACCUUCUGCGCCGCCAGCUCAAAUUGUGCCAAAGGAACAAACAAUCAUAAGUUAUCAACCAGUUGGUCCAUUGUCUACGAAUAUGAUAUGUCCUAGUUGUCGUUCUAACAUUAAAACUCUUGUAGAACAUCGUCCUUCUACCGCUACUCAUAUUCUUGGAUUAUUACUAUGUUCGAUUUGUUGCUGCUGUUUGCCUUAUUUUAUUGAUUUUUGUCGCAACGUCAAUCAUACUUGUCCCAACUGUCAUGCAUUCGUUGGCACUUAUUUGUCUUAAUUUUUUAUAUCUCAACCCUGGAUAAUGGAUUAUCCUAUGAUAUACAUACUUAUAUAUUAAUCAAU